AUGGUAGGAUCUUCACUUGACACCACCAAGCUCCACCUCAAACCUCCUUCCUCUGCCAACGCCACCGCCACCAUCAAGUUUUUCUGCAGUUAUGGCGGCAAGAUUAUUCCCCGUUUCCCCGACGGCAAACUCCGUUACCAAGGUGGGGAAACCCGUGUCGUCGGCGUCGACCGUUCCAUCUCCUUCGCUGAGUUAUUGUUGAAGCUUCGAGAGUUAUGUGGGACGUCAGUGAGUCUUCGUUGUCAGUUGCCAAAAGAAGAUCUUGACGCUCUGGUAUCUAUCACCUCAGAUGAGGAUCUAGCUAAUCUCGUCGAGGAAUACGAUCGAGCAGCAGCACCAACUGCAUCUUUAAAGAUCAGAGCUUUCCUUUCGCUCCCCAAAAAAUCUGUGCUACCAUCAUCAGAUCUCGAAGCCGGUAGCGUUUUCUAUAAACAAGACUCCUCCUCCUCCUCCUCAAUAUCAUUAUGGUUGAAAUCGAGGAGCUUAAAGAAAUCAACAUCCAAGAUGACAGGGCAGCAUUUUAAAUGA